UAAUUAUAUACACAUUAGUAAUAUUAAUCACUGCUAGUUAAUAUUUUAAAGUGAUCCAACAUGUCCAAAACUAUAUUGAAAUUUAUUGUGGGCUUCAUGUGCAUUUAUUUAGCUGAUAGUAUAACAUUCCGGUAUGACUACGAGUACAGCGUCGAAGCGAGUGGAUGGAUCAAGCAUCAUCAGGUCCCAGCGACCUGGCAGGAGGCCAGGCUACGGUGUCACCUUGAAGGUGCAAUAUUAAUAUCACCGAAGACAGCAAACCUCCAGGAGGUGAUGAAGAGGACCAUCAAAGAUACCCACUCGGAACGCACUGGUAUAUUCACAGGAAUUCACGCAUUAUUUUCUAAAGGAGACUUUCAUUCGGUUGAUGGUGUCCCUUUAAAUAGAAUGCCCCUUAAAUGGAUGGACUAUGAGCCUGAUAAUUUAGGGAAUGACGAGAGAUGCAUCGUAAUGGUAGCAAACGGGACGAUAGCUGAUGUCAACUGCUUCGAUGUCUACCCUUACAUCUGCUUCCGAGAUAAGACCCAACAUGUCCCUUUGACAGAGUGUGGGACUGUGGAUAGAGAAUACGUUUUGGACAACAGAACUGGCAAGUGCUACAAGUUCCAUUGGGUGGCCAGAAACUGGACCAGGGCCUUCAUGACUUGCGCAGCAGAAGGUGGUCACUUGGCUAUCAUUAACAGUGAAGUGGAAGCCACAGUAUUAGACGACCUUGCUGCAAAAUACCCUCCUCGUAAAUUUCGUUUUACAAGAUUCGGGCAACUCGCUCUUUUGGGAUUCAAUGAUUGGGGAGACGAUAUAGCGUGGACGACUGUAGAAGGACAAACCUUACAAGAAGCUGGCUAUUAUCAAUUCGAUACGCACAUAAUUGAUGAGUAUCCUCAAAAAUGUGGUGGAAUGUUCAUCAGCCACGGAAAACUGAUAGACUUUAGGUGUGAUACUCGAUUAACCUUCAUUUGUGAAAAGAAUUUUGACAGCCUAUUGUAAUUUAACGACUGUAAGACUUGGCUUUAGACGUAAGAAUUAAAACGUAAAAACAUAAUAUUAUGUUUGAAUUAACGUCUGCAUCUUCAUGACUUCAUCCAUGUUGAUCAUAUACAUGUAUGAGCUGUUUCAACCCUUAUUUUACUAGAAUAUUAUCCAAUUUACAAGUCAUCAUACAUCAGUUAUACACCGGAAUUUCGUCCGAAUGUCCAUUUAUCUGUUUACCUCUAGCUUGUUGUCACUAAAGUUUCUAAGAAUAAUUAAAAUAUGUACUUUUCUAAAUAGGAGUGCUUCGUUAUUUAAGACUUGUAAGUCUAAAGAUAGGCCACCCUUUAAAACGUUUGUAAACUUUUGCUUAAGUAAAGACAAGAACAAAGCGCCUUGAAAGCUUUUUAAGCCGUAUUUUAUCUUAUAGUACAGGAGAUGGGUAAGCAUAUGGUCGUGACUCUAUUCGCAUACAAUUUUUUCGAGUUGCUUGGAAAAAAUCACUCACGAGCGAUAAAGCCGCUCUUUGUAUCUCUAUUAUAAGCUAUCUUAACUAUGUAACAAAAUUUAUUACUGUGUAUGUACAAUAAAGAGUAUUUCAUUCAUUCA